AUGGCCCAUAUGCCGGCGCUGAACGUUCUCCUCGAUGGCCUCCAGCGGCGUCGUCCUGUUGGCGUUAAUGCACUUUGCGAGGUGAUCGCCAGAGUUGGAUCUCCUGAUUCUGCAUCGCCAAACAAUGGCACUGAUUCACUUGACUCUCUUAGUUCUCGGCCGUUGGUUGCUGAGCUAAGUCUUAUAUGCCCGGUUUUCGGUUCAAGAAUGCGCGUGCCUGGUCGCAUUACUGGCUGUCAGCAUAUAGAAGCCUUCGACAUGGAAGCCUUUCUUCGCCGCGAGGUAUUCUGGCCACGUCUCAACUGUCCCAUCUGCGGGUGA